AUGGGUGUAUGUAUCUCCUUUGGAGAGUGCAGCGUCCCGCAUAGCCGAGAGAAAGCGAAGGAAACAGCACGGGAGAACAAUUGCACAUUGGAGAAUGCCAAUGGAGGCAGUGUUGCAACUGAAAUCUUGUCUGCGUUGACGAACAGAAACCUGGGACUUAUGGACGCACGAUCGUACGCUCAGCUUGAGAAUAGCAUAGAGGAGCUUUGUCAAAGCCCAUAUGCGGCACUGUUUUUGGCCCAUCCGGACUUGUUAUUUUCUAAUCGAGCAGCUGUCAUGUGCACUGGAGAGUUUGUUCCAGGGGAAGUUGUGGGAAAGUACACUGUUCUGCGAGCCUUUCCCACAGGAACUGUGGGACGUAGUUUUUUCGUUAGGGUAGCAAUGGAUGAAAGCGGAAAAAUAAAAGACGGGUCAGCGAAGGAAGCCAGGCCAAGUUUGGGGGACAAAGUUUCGACAGACCGAGCAUCUUUCAACAAUUUAUUUGAACAACCAACAGAAUGCGUUUUCAAGGUGACAACAUUCGUCACGCGUAUGGAGGUUGCUAGUCAGGUUUUGGAUGAUCAAAGUGUAUUGGCCAACCUGAUCCACGAUAACGUACUGCGCUGCGUAGAUGUGCUAGAUGAUGGAUACCAUGAGAAUAUUAUUUUUGUUACUCCAUAUGUUGAAAAUGGCAGUUGUGAAUAUCUUGUAGGCAACAUGGUAAAAGAGCAGUUACUUUCUCUGCUACAUGAUGUGGCUAUUGGUUUGCGUGUCCUCCAUUCUCAUGAAAUAUACCAUCAUAACCUAAAGCUUGACAACAUUCUCAUCAAUAAUAAUGGCACCGCCUGUAUUGCUGAUGCUGGAUUUGGACAUAUUUUUGCAUCAGAAAGUUUGGACAGCCUUGUUUUUAAUGGUGAGUUGGCUUGUAUGCCACCUGAAGUGUUUUUGAAGAAUGACUCUACCGUAGUGGAUCCUGCCAAGGUGGAUGUAUGGGGAUUUGGACUGCUAAUGUAUCGACUUGCCUACGGCACGGAGCCGCUGGAUGUUGAGGGUAAACCCUUUGAAAUGGUACGAGAUGUUGUGCUGCAUGGACAAAUUGAAUUUCCGAGUCCAGAUUGGCUUUCAGAAACAAAGUUUCGGGAGGUUGUUAUGUGGUGUCUCAAUCGUGAUUUCAGGAAUCGACCUACCAUUAUGCAGUUGUUGCGUCACCCUCUCUUUGGGGGCACGUUACUGCACAGUACUAGUGGGGCUGCACUUUCCAGCCCUGAUAAAACGAAUGGAAAUUGCAGUGGACACGGUGACGCUGGCCUUAGUUUUGGUAAUAUUGGGAUGCGCUAUGCACAGUCUCAGAAACGGGCUGGUUUGACAAUAUAUGCGUGUCUUGGAAAUGGGCGAAAUUGUGAGUCAUUUAUUGUGAAUUCGAGUCGUACUACCACAAAAGAGGUCGUUUUGAAAGUUAUAAAGCGAUCGGUACUAAAAAUAAUUCAGAGCAUGCCAGACGCAAGUGAAAUGCUGCGACAGUUAGCCUUUUGUCGUGAAGCUCGUCACAACAACAUAUUACAUCUUCUGGACAUUGUUGAAAACGAUGAUGGCUGCUUUGCGACACAACCGUAUGUAGACGGGGAUUUUAUCCAUAGGAAGUUUCCUCCAAUUACAAACAAUGAAGACCCUUCUUUUACGCUGCCGAGGAUGCUUGUGGAUGUUCUUAACGGGUUACAUUUUAUUCACUCAAAUGGGGUGUCGAAUUUAUGUCUUACUCCAACAAAUGUUUUUUAUCAGAAAGACACUGGCUUCGUUUUUGCGGACUUUGGUCCUCUGUUUUUAACGCGGCAAGAAGUUUUAUUGGAUAAGGGAACGGGGUUUCCUUUUUAUUCACUUCCGUCGUGGGUGCUUGAAGAUCUUAGGGGGUUGGAACAAACGACAAAACACGCAUUAGACACUUUUUGUGUCGGUUUGCUCGCAGCCUCAGCGGUUCCAUCGGUGUUUAAGGAGACAUGGGAAUCAUUUUUUAGUGCGAGUGAGGGUAACACUAUUGUGAAUGAUGUCACUGAGAAGGUCGAAAAAUCUGUACAUAUUCUCACUCAACCCCUUGUGGGAUUUAUUUUAAAAGCGCUAACGACCAAAACAUCCGCAGUGGAACUUUUGUCUCACCCCUAUUUGGCCGAUAUGGCGGGUGCAUCUCCACCUCAGGUUGUCAAACCGUUUGAGUUGACGUCUGCUGCUAUAAAAGCUGUGGUGGCUCAAGAUUUUAGUUUUCGUGAGGAAUGCCGCCUUAUGGACGUACUAGGUCAAGAUCCUAUGCUUGAGAGUGGUAUGCUUGGCAAUUUAGUGGAUUCCUUUGUCGAUGAUGAAAGCCGAGUCAGUGUCUCUGCCACUAAAGAUUCAGAUUUGUCUAUUCGACUCCCGUUUAAGAACAAUCUUGCCUGUGGGCUUUGUCAUGUGGAUUUGACCAUUGUCUUGUUUAAGUGUCUGAAAUGUGCUUCGUACAUUCGGUGUGGUAAAUGUGCUCUAAACGACAACCAUGGAGAAGGUCAUGAGAUGCAGACGUAUUUCAUUCAUACUAUUGAGCAUAAAGGAGAUUGUAAAGACGCCAUUCUUUACCCAACAGGUGUCGUUUCAAAUGUAAAUGCUCUGGAAGAAUUAGAGAUGCAGGCGAAUUUGCCCGUUGGAUCUCUCGUGAAGACGAAUCAUCCAGCUUCAACUACGACAACACCCUUGGAUAAGCUCAAAUCGCAGUCUGAAAACAAGAAAAAAGUGCUACCCAAAGCCUCUGAAGUUGAUGAUUUGUCAUGGGAGGAGGAGAUUGCUUUUUGUAGUGAAAAAGGCAGUACAGAAUUAUUGCUGUACCAUUUUGGUUUGGACACAGUUCCAAAGGAGCUGUAUGACCCGCCCCUGCUUCACGUGAUGCGUUUGGAUCUUAGCUACAAUAACCUCAAGAGCAUCCCACAUGAGCUAUCGUUUCUUGUUAAACUUCGUAGCCUGAUUAUCUCAUACAAUGAGCUGACGGAACUCCCAGAUAGUUUGGGUAAUUUAAGCCAACUAGAGCGACUUGAUGUUAGUCACAAUCAACUGCAUCAGCUUCCGCAGUCAUUUAUGUAUCUGCAGAACUUAGUCACUCUUGGUAUGGAUUACAAUGACUUUGCCGAAAUUCCAGAAAGCGUGAUAGAACUUGUUACCAUGUCAUCAUCGAUACCAAUGCUAUCUGUAAUUUACAUGGCAGAGAAUCAUCGUAUUACGCAAUUUCCAAGUCGAGAAGUUCUUGAGAAGUUUCCUAAACUAAAACUAGUACUUGACAAUGAACCCAACAUAUACAGCAUGUACAUUUCGGAGAAUUUGGAAGAAAAGUUGCCUAAUGUUAGCAUGAUGUGGAACAAAAUUUAUCCCGACCGCAUCGUUGACUAUGUAUAUUGUGGUAGUCUGCGAAGUGCACAGUCCCAGCUGGUGUACGAUAAACUUUCCAUCCAAAAUAUUUUAACCAUGGGCAGGAACCUCGUCCCAGUACCCCCAAUUGGUGGUGAACAUGUGACUCUCAGUAUCGAUGACAUUGAGGGCGCUAAUAUCAGAGUCACCUUUGAAGAAGCAGUUAACUUCAUUGAUCAAAGCGUAAAAAGAGCAAGAGGAUGCCUAGUACAUUGUUUUGCUGGUAUGUCGCGCUCGGCGACCACCGUUAUUGCAUAUCUUAUGAUAAAACAGGGCAUGCGUCUCGAUGAGGCGUACUGCCUGACCAAAAAGGGGCGCCCUGCCAUUUAUCCAAAUCAAGGCUUUUUCAAUCAGCUUUUGUUGCUCGACGCUGAGUUAUUUCCGCAAGCACGCCCACUCAAUAUGGAUGUGAUGGAGAGGGAUAAGGUUCCCACUGCAUAG